AUAGAUUAUUAUAUAGUUUUUGUCAAUACUGAAUGCAGUGAAAAUAUCUAAAAAUGUCAGAAGAAGCAAUUAUGCCUCUGAAUGCUCAGACAAUCAAAACAGAACCACCAGAAUAUUUAGUAGAAGAGAUUGAUGUUGAAAUAAAGGAUGAAUUUGAUGGUGUUAUUAAACCUGAAACGUGUUCUGAUGAUGAGACUUGUUUAGAAAGAUUUAUAAGCCCCGAAGUGACAAUUGAAGAGGUCGAACAGGAGAUACCCCCUUACAAAUGUGAUAUCUGUAACAGAUCUUUUGCAGAAGAAGUCACUUUAAAAGAGCAUAUGAUUGAACAUAUGGUCAAUCAAAACGGAAAGGGCCCCGCUAAAUGUGAUUUAUGUCUCAAGACAUUCAAGAAACCAUCCAUGUUAGCGAUACACAUGCUUGUUCAUACAGGAGAACGCCCUUUUAAAUGCGACUUAUGCACCUACACAUUCAAUCAACGAAGCAAUUUAAAAAGACACAUGCUCACUCACACCAAAGAGCGUCGUUUCAAAUGCGAAACAUGCUCUAGCACCUUCACGCAAAGAUCCAGUUUGAAAAAGCACAUGCUCAUCCACGCGGGUGAACUUUCCUUAAAAUGUGAAAUAUGCAGUAAACGAUUCCUAGAUUUGGAUGUUUUGACGAAUCACAUGCUCAGUCACAGUGGAGUGCGCUCACACGAAUGCAAGAUAUGCUACAAGUCUUUUAUGAAAGAAUGCCAUUUGACAAAACAUAUGCUCAGUCACAGCAGUUCACACAAAUGUGAAUUGUGCAACCAGAUAUUCACACAUAUACACCAACUGGAUAAUCACGUGUGCAUUCAAAGUUGAAUUUGCUCUCAUAAAUGCAAACUUCAAUAUAAGUCUUUUGGGGAGCCUUUUGGGGAGACACAUGCGAAAUAUGCAAUCAGGUGAUUAGACACAUGACUAUUCGUAGUCACAAAUGCAAAAUAUGCAAUAAGGCGAUCAAACGAUCAGAUCAUCUAAGAAAAAACAUUCAAAGUUAUUGAUGAA